UACAUGCACUUGAUAAGAUUCUAUUUAAGAUUAUGACCUUACUGAGCUUUGCUCAAUUCUGUUUUUACUUGAACAUCAUUCUAACGAAACCGAAUUGCAACAUUGAGCUCACCAUAAUGGUGUUGAUUUCCUCGCAUCGCGCCCUGUUCAAAAACCGAUUGGCUUGGAACAUGGAUGAACCGGUGCUCCUCCAUUUGGACGUGGCCAUGAAAACAUUAGAAUUGGAUUCUCCCAGCUCAUGUCUGGGUAAAAAGUACAACAAUGUUCAGAUCCCAUGCCGGCAUAUUAUUGGGUGCAAAGUUGUCUCGGAAACAGGUGGCCAUUGGAAGAAGCCUUACGAAGAGAGCCAUGCCAACACUCUUCCUGCUCGCCGCCCCUCUCGUGAUGACGGGACUGAAUCAAUUGAGCCCAAUGAACCCAUCGUGCCCACAGUUGAACGUGACAAACUCUAUCUGAAACUGACUUAUUUUUCGAUCACUGGCUCAGAACAUGAUUUCGAGGGCCAGAACAACACUGUCAGUGUACGACGACCACGGACUCGGAGGAGAAGAAAGAACAAAAAAUCCCAGUGGAGUUCGGUAAGGUACAAGACUAGGACCCUCAUUCUCCAAGCCCCCAAGGAUUCCAACCGAUCCAAAGAGGGGCGUCUGCAAUUGGUGCAGGAAUGGGAAGCUCUCUUGAAUGAAAACAUGGGACUUAUUCGACAUAAGAAGCCUCUCCUAAUCCUGGUUAAUCCCAAAAGUGGGGUGGGAACGGCUCUGAAAAUAUUCCAGGACUUGGUGGGUCCCAUUUUGGACGAGGCAGAUGUGCCUUAUAAUAUGGUGCUUACCACCCGGAGUGGCUACGGUCAAGACUUGGUCGUCAAUGAGGAUUUGAGCCGAUGGGGUGGGAUUGUGAUCAUUUCUGGCGACGGAUUACUGUACGAAGUGGUUCAGGGACUCUUCAAGAGACCCGAUUGGGCCAAGGUGACAAAAAUACCCCUAUCUAUCAUUGCUGGUGGGUCGGGCAAUGGCCUGGCCAGAACACUGGCCUUUGAGAGCGGAGAUUCCUACCACAAUAACGGCGUUCUGGCCAGUGCCAUGAGCUUGGUUCGAAGACGUUACCGAUUCAUGGAUCUCCUGGCUGUUCAGAGUGCUAGCGGCAAGAACGUGUAUGCAUUCCUGUCCAUCGGAUGGGGAUUCAUGGCAGACUGUGAUAUCGAGAGCGAGACCUUGCGUUUCAUGGGUGAACCUCGUUUCGUUCUGUGGUCUCUUUGGCGGGCAACGGUCUUUCGUCACUACAGGGGCCGAUUGAGUUACAAACGGGCACAUCCAAAAGAGAGCCAAGGAUCGCAAACCUCACCAGCCGACGAGGAUAGUCCCGUCGAUCCAAAUUGGUCAGCUAAAGAGGAUUAUCCUUCUUCGAAUGGAGCAGCCGUUCAUAUGACUCCCGAUUUUAUGUUACCACCUUUGAGUAAACCAGUGCCUGAUGAUUGGACAAUAAUGGAAGAGGAUUUUGUUAUGGUAUACGCGACCAAUACGGCCUUUAUCGCAACAUUACUUCAACCCGCACCUCAGGCCAAAAUGGACGAUGGAACCAUUUGGCUUCUGAUCAUCAAGAAGGGCGUGUCACGACUGGAAAUGAUCAGAAUACUUCGUGGGGUAGAGCAGGGUACGCACACCGAUUUUCCGAGUGUUCAAAUCGUGCCGGUGUCCGCGUUCCGUUUGGAACCCUUGGGUAAAAGUGGUAACAUCGUGGUAGAUGGUGAGCUUAUUGACUACGAACCCAUUCAAGCCCAAGUGUUGCCCUCCUAUUUCAAUAUCAUUACAAAAUAAAUGUCUAAAAGUUUGGUGGCCAAUGAGAACAAAGUGCAUAUAAUUUAUAUUCUUUUUCACUGAA